AUGGCCACAAUCAAGCAAAUUGAUGGUCGGACGAUUCACCGAAUCCAGUCCGGCCAAGUCAUUGUUGACAUGUGCUCUGUUGUGAAGGAGCUUGUUGAAAAUUCCAUCGAUGCCGGGGCCAGUACUAUAGACGUCCGUUUCAAAAAUCAAGGGCUCGACCUCAUCGAGGUGCAGGAUAAUGGGUCUGGUAUUGCACCAGCCAAUUAUGAGUCAAUUGCCUUGAAGCAUCACACCUCCAAGCUGUCGUCGUAUGAUGACAUCGGCUCUCUGGAAACAUUUGGCUUCCGCGGUGAGGCUCUUGCCUCACUGUGCGCCCUGUCCACCGUUUCUAUCACGACAUGUGUCGCAGCAGACGUGCCCAAGGGCUCACGGCUCGCCUUCGAGGCCUCUGGGAAACUUCGAGACACCAGCGUUGUAGCCGCUCAGCGAGGAACAACGGUGGCCGUCGAGAAACUGUUUCAUAACCUUCCGGUGCGCCGUCGAGAGCUGGAACGUAAUAUCAAACGCGAGUGGCAUAAAGUAAUUGCCCUCUUGAAUCAAUAUGCCUGCGUUCAGACAAAUCUCAAGUUUACCGUGUCUCAACAACCAACAAAGGGGCGCCGUAUUGUCCUAUUUUCUACCAAGGGCAAUCCUACAACGCGAGAGAAUAUAAUCAACAUUUUUGGUGCCAAAACGAUGGCUGCCCUCGUUCCUCUAGACUUAAAACUUGAGAUGAAACCAACAACCUUAGGCUCCGCCACCCAGGCAGACCUUGCGGCCGGUCUCAUUUCCCUCGACGUGAAAAUCGUGGGUCAUGUGUCUCGCCCGGUGCAUGGAGAGGGGCGGCAGACUCCAGAUCGGCAAAUGUUUUUCAUCAACGGACGGCCGUGCGGGUUGCCUCAAUUCGCCAAAACCUUUAAUGAAGUGUAUAGGUCUUACAACUCGUCCCAGUCGCCCUUCAUUCUUGCAGAUGUCCAACUCGAUACACAUUUGUACGAUGUCAAUGUCAGUCCAGACAAGCGAACCAUUCUCUUGCAUGAUCAGAAUCACAUGCUAGACUCAAUUCGUGCAGCUCUAGUUGGGAUUUUUGAUUCGCAAGACUAUACUUUACCAACCUCACAAGUAUUAAGAUCUCGCAAUGCACAGGCUGAUGAAACUACUCCCAUCUCACCCUUGAAUCAAAAUUCAUCGACGGGUCAAGCCACCCACUCGAAGAGAAUCGUUCAGUCCCGUUUAGAGGCCUCAGAAAGCUCGGGAGAUGAGAGGAGCUCAUCUGAAGAUGAUGAAGGCAGCGACUCUCUUGGACCGGGUCAAAGGGAAACAAAGACUACAGCCGUCCCAAAGCCUAUGACAAUUAGAAAAGUUAGGAAUACCCUUGAUGUAUGGGUCCAUGGACGAAAAGCGGUCAUCCCAAGAGCUGAAGAGGAUGAAGACGCCCAAUCGCAGUCUUCAGAUGGUGACCAAGAAAGCGCACGUGCAGCCCCAUCAAGGUCCGUUACUGGAAGUAAUACCAAAUCACGAUCUCGCGAUGCCGAACACUCUCGUCGGCCACCAUCAGACAGCGACACCAAUCAAGAACCCAAGAUCACCAAGCCCGCAUCCGUGUUCCCGCUAUCAAGGUCCAGUUCACCAUCAAGCCUGGCAAACGAUGAGCCUACGAUUCCCUUCGUCAAACCGAUUAAGCCUGUCAGUGGGGGGGGCCUUGUAUCUCCACGUCGGCAGUCAACCAUGAGACGCCCCCCGCCACAACCAGCCAAGAUCUUUAUCGGUGCUACCGGAGGGGAUCCCGAGGAUAUUGGGGGUGAGCCUAGCUCGGAUGAGGGAGAUAGCCAGCAUAGCAAAGACCAGGCAUCAGAUGAUGAACCCGAUAGCGAUAAAGACAACAAGGAGGAGGAGGACGACGACGACGACGAGGGUGAAGACCAAGAUGAUGAUGAUGACAGGCCGACAUUCGGGACCACCCUCUCUCAACGAUUUUCUGCGGGUAGAAUCAACAGACAACGCUCCCCUUCAUUUUCCAGAACGCAACGUCAGAUUAGCCCAGACACGUCUACGGUUAGAACGAAGAGAAGCCCAGGCUCUAGAAAGGGAAACGAGCAGAUCUCUGAUGAUGAAAACUCACCGGCUGGCGAUCCUGUACUUUCUCAACGCUCGAGUUCAUCUGCAUCUCCUGGAGACAAGACAACGAAGCCAUCACAAGAACCCUCAGCAAAUAAUAACUCAGCAAGUACGAGCGCAUCUUCAGCCCCUCGGGCGCAGAAUCUCCAAUUCAGCACAAGGCGAAAGGAUGCCACAUUACAAUUGAUCCAUCACGUCUCGGGCGGAGAAGAUGUUAUUCGGGCUACCCCAACUUCCCGGUCAUUAAUCAGACCUCAAGAUUCGUCGUCCCUUUCUGGCACCCCCCAGCAACAGCAACAACAGGUGGAAGACAUCGGUGCGACCGAUGCCGAGUCUAAGCUCUCACUUAUUAUAUCAAAGUAUGAUUUCGCAAAAAUGAGAGUCGCUGGCCAAUUUAAUCUUGGUUUCGUCAUUGCUGUGCGGCCUGCAGAGAAAGACUCCCAAACUCUGGGUGCAUCAGCCCAUGAUGAACUAUUCAUUAUCGACCAGCAUGCAUCAGAUGAGAAGUAUAACUUUGAGAGAUUGCAGGGAAGUACUGUUGUCCAAUCACAACGGCUUGUUCAUCCUAAGUUACUCGAACUUACGGCACUGGAGGAAGAGAUCGUGAUGCAGAAUAUAGAGGCUGUAGAGGCCAACGGUUUCAAGAUUGCAAUAGACGUUGACGGAGGUGCACCCGUCGGAUCGCGUUGCCAGCUUACGGCCCUGCCCUUGAGCCGGGAAACAACAUUUAGCAUCACAGAUCUUGAGGAGCUAAUUGCUCUGCUUGCUGAUGAGUCGUCUGAGUCAACGCAUAUCCCACGUCCGUCAAAGGUGAGGAAGAUGUUUGCCAUGCGAGCAUGUCGCAGUAGCAUCAUGAUAGGAAAAGCCCUCACAAGACACCAGAUGUACUCGUUAGUCGGACACAUGGGCGAUCUAGACAAGCCUUGGAACUGUCCCCAUGGACGGCCGACUAUGAGACAUCUGUUUAGUAUAGAUAAAUGGGACGAAGUGGGCUGGAAGGGAGAUCUAAAGACGAAGUCUACAGCCUCCUGGACCGCUUACAGGAGGGGAGAGUAA